CUCUAUCUCAUUGGCAAUCCCAACUCGUGACUUCCUCGGUCGCAUUCUUUGUUCUCGCGCUCCGUCGCGCUGCGAAAACAGUUGAAGGGUUGAAGAUCCAAAUCUGUGCAGCGACGGCUCAAUCUACUCCCCAAGCCGCAGGAUGCUUUCAAGGCCAAGCGCACCAGAGCUGCGCAGAGGACAUGCCGCAACCAUAUCUUUAUUCUGGCUGUCUCUAUUGGCUGCUGCUAUCACUGCCCAGCAAUUUUCUAUACCUGAAGGGUCAGGUGACGAUCCGAUGGUCCCCCCAUCCAGCACAACCAUCAAUGGACCCUGCAUCAAUGGUAUCUGUGGGAGCGUUCAAUCUGCUGGUUCUGGAGCAGCGUACGAGUCUUGUGCACUCUCCGCUUUGCAAGCGAGCGAGACGGGUGGCCCGCAGGUGAGCGUAGCGCUCAGCAGCUGCUACUGGUCCGUCGCAGCGACAGCUUUAGGAGGCGGUGGUCAGACCUUCACGAUCCAGACGCAGACGGAGCCAGCUAGCUUUAGCAGCAUCACCACGAGCCCGACGUUGCUGCAAUCAUCAAUAUCACCGUCAUCCACGAGCAUUGCGCCAGCCGCAGCCUCAUCUGCCAACUCUGCGCGCUCACGCGCUAAACCAAUCUCGCAUCUGCAGCACUUCGGUCCUAAUCAGCAGUCGAGGUGGACGCAGAUGGUGCAUCGCAUCGGCGUGAUCCAGCUGCUCGUCGCUACGUUGUUGCUCGCGGCUGGCACUGUUUGGUUCAUGGAUGAGCUGCUCGAGAUGCUCAUUUGAUUUGACGGAGCGUUGCUACGCUGGCAUCAGGGUUAAAGGGUCAAGGGCAGGAGACAAGGGACAGAGGCAGGGAUCAAGAGGAAGUAGGAGAGAAGCAGCGUUCCUUUGUAUAACGUAAGGUCUCUGCGCUCAUUUGCGAUCGCACGUGGGGACUGAUAAAGUUGUAAUCGUAUUCGACAUUCACGACUAG